GUCCAUGCAAGUUUAAAAUAACGUACUCAUUUUUUGUUUUGAUCUCUAAUGUGCAAAAUGUGCGACAAAAUUGACCCUAAAAUUGUUCUAAUGCAUUUAAACGAGCUGGGUUUCACUAACAUAAACGCCCUGCAAUUGAAGGAAUUCAUUAAAGACUUAAAAAAACUAUUAAAGUAUGAAAAACGCCGGAUGCUAGAAGAAAAUAGUUCGGACGAGGAAAAUGUGGAGCCCGGGCGCGUGGAAACUUAUAAAAGUCACACUCAUUCGUCGCGCGCUAGACAAAAAGAAUCCCAAAUAACUGUUCAGAUUUCUAAGUCAAACAUACCAAAACAAAUUUGUCAUCCCCACUGUAAGCACGUUACGGAAACCCAAGAUGUCAAUUGGGUAGAUUCUAAACAGCCAGAUAAAAAAGAGCCUGUGAAAACCAAUUUGAAUCAAGUACAAAGUGCAGAGGAGUCUAUUAAAAGCGUUCCACCAAAUAGUUUGGAUAAUGUUCCAGCUGACAAACCUGCGUCUACGAACUUUAUAAAAGCGGAAAAACACUCGUUGCGAUCGAAUAAAUCGGAUCCGGUGAGUUUGUAUCAUCAAUACAAAGAUAUUUGGAGUAGGACUGUGAUUCCCGGUACUACUUCUAGGUCUGAUUUAAGAUGGGCCAUAAGGGAAAGAAUGCUGAGUGGGCCAAAGGUGGAUAUUCCUAAGAAAACGACGAAAAAAAAACCUGAAUGGAGAUAAUACAACAAAUGAAAUAAAUUGAGAGUUUUUAUGAGUAAUUAUGUGUGACAAAUUUUUAUUGACAAGACUGUUGACAGAGUUAAUAUAAUAAAGAUUUAAUUUUCAUUA